AUGUCAAAAAAAGAUGUUGUUUGGCUUGGGACACCAGUGAAGGCUGCGGGUACAGACUUUUCCUCUGUUUACACUUCGAAAAUAGGUGGAUCAGCUAUUCUGUUUCGGGAAUUGUCGGAUAGCAGUGUAUUUCAGUGUCCAAAAUGCAAAAGUAAUCGUGCAGUGUCAUUACUGACACAAAUUUAUGCCCCCUUAGAAGUUUACGAUAGAAUAAUCUACGUUUUUCUUUGUGCUACCUGUAGCAAAGAACAAAGUAGCUUUUGUUUUGUUCUUAGAUCGCAAAACUUUAAUCCUUCCUACGUAACAGUUCCAUCAACUGUUGAUGAUGCAGAAGAAGUAAAAGAAGGAGCUCUUUUUGAGGAAAACGGUGAUUGGGGGGAUGAUGAAAAUGAAUCAUCUGAAAAGGUUAAUGGGGAGGAGUAUGCUGUGUGUAAUGCUCCAGUUGGUGUUAAUACUACUACUACUACUACUACUAAUUCCACCGACAAAGAGGAAGAAGAUAGUAACGAAAAAAGAAAAGAAAAAUUGAAUAUUGAUGAUGUUCACACUCUUGAAGUACCUUCUACUCUCGCUUCUCCUGGAUCAAAGGCAGAAGUAGAGGGUUUCUGCUACCCAUGUUUUGCCCUUGACGUUUUUGAGGAACCCCCAAAAGUGAAAGUUAAGUGUGCAACUAUAAAUGAUCAAUUGCGUGAGGUGAAGCAGAAAUAUGGUGAUGAUGUUGUAGAGACCACAACAAUGGAUGAAGAUGAUGAACCAUUACAUGAGAAACGUCUUCGAAAGUAUGUUGAAAGAAUUGGAAGGGUUCCUUCGCAGUGUAUUCGAUGGGCUCCAAAUCAAGAGCCAUUGAGGUCCUCUGUCACUCCAAUUGCUGUGCCUAAUUGCCCUCAAUGUGGUAGUGUGCGCCGAUACGAACUUCAACUUACUUCACCUAUCAUUUAUUAUCUUGUUAAAGCGAAAGAUGAGAAAAAACAUCCUUUACAUUUUGGAAAUGUUUUGGUAUUUACAUGUAGUGGUAAUUGUAAUUCAAAGUCGUAUGCACAGGAGUACUGUGUGGUUGAAAAGGAAAUUUAA